AUGGAGGAUACCCUGGAAAACCUCAGGAAAGCCCGCCGAGAAGGCGAAGGCUGCCGGGACCGCCUGGUCCGAGCGGGUGGAGACGAAGAGCUCCGGGGCUGCUUUCCGGGCAAAUGUCAGACGCGCGGCCGCUCGGAGUCCAGUCUCCGCGCGCCGUCCCGGCCCCCGCGGCCCCGGCCGAGCCUGCGCCCUCACGGGGAGGGGGCGUGGAGCCGAGCCCGCCCGCUGCACCGCGGCCGCCGCUCCCCACGCCACUCUCCCGCCCGCUGUCAGGCCCCGGUGUCACUGCCCCUUCCUCGCGCCGAGCUCCCCCGAGACACAGUCCGUCCUUUGUCUGAGUGCGCACUCGGCGCCGAGGUCCCACCAACUUGUGUGCGUCCCGUCCCACCCGGGCGCUCCCGCCGCGGCGCUCCACACAAAGGAGACCGGGUCUCGGGCGGCCGGCCCGCCCCGGGCACCGGAGCGCCCCCAGCCCAGCCCCAGCGCCUCCGGAGGGGCGGGCGCGCGAGAGGACCCCUUCGCUUGCCCCCCGCGGCGCCCGCCCGGGCUCCCGCCUCGGGUCGCCGGGUCCGGCACUGCCCGCCCGUGGCGGUCCCGCAGGCCGGCCCGGACCCACGGCCCCUUCAGAGGGGUCUCCUCUCACCCCGCCAGCCAAAGCGGCACCCCGGGAGAGCCCGCUCCGGGCGAUACCCGGACAGGCAGAGCGACGACGGGGAUGUCCCACCACCGCCGCCGCCGCCGCCCCUCGCCGGGCUCCAGAGCCCCGCCAGCCGGCCAGCCCGACAGCGGCGCGUUACCUGCGCCCCGCGCCCCAGCCCGCGCCGCUCCCGCGCGCCGCUCCCGCGCGCCGCCGCCGCCGCCGCCGCCGCCGCCGCCGGGGCUCCACCGCCUUCUGCGUCCCAGUGGCGCCGCCCCGAUUGGCGGGACGCGAGGCGGGCUCUCAUCCAAUCACAGGGCCCGCCGGGCUCUAAGGCGCAGAGCCAGCCCCACGCCGAGGCGCCCGCGGGACUCGGCCGGGCCGGGCUGGCGGCGCGUGCGCGCCGGCGGGCGGGCGCUGAGGGACGCCGCCGCCGGUGGAAGCGCUGCGCCGGCUCUUUGUUCUUUCGCGGAACGCACGGCGCCUUUCAGGAAGGCGGUGGGCCGGCGCGCGAGGACGAAGGGCCUCUGGACCCCGAAUCCCGGGCCGCGGGCGGGAGGCGGACAGGGCGGGGUGGCGGGAACCGGCCGGAGGGUGGGACGGCGCGCUCGCGGCUCUUGGCGGGAACCGCCGCUUCAGAGUUCCCGGGCCGGAGGGGCGGGGCGGGGCGGAGCCGAAAGCCAAGUUUGAACCAGUUCAAAACUCGGGGGUGGUAA